UUCAGAGCUGACACCGUGGUUCAGUUUUUGGGUAGAUAAUAAAUUAAAAAAAGGAGAGAGAUGGCACUGUGUCGCCGCAUGGCCGCACCAUUCUUCCUCGUCCUUCUCAUCAUCGUCGCGGCAGAGACAGCGACGGCCAGGGUGGUCGUGGAGGAGAAGCACUGCCUGUCGCAAAGCCACUCGUUCAGUGGCAUGUGCUUCAGCCACACCAACUGCGACAACGUAUGCAAGACGGAGAAGUUCACAGGCGGCAAGUGCAAGAUGGACGGCACCUCGCGCAAGUGCUUCUGCUUAAAAUUCUGCUAGGGAAUGACCUGCGGUACGUCAACAAAUAAAGAUUUGUGAAGCCCAGCCGUCGAUCAUGGCAUCACGUCAACCUGUUGAUUUGUUCCUCGCCGUCUCUGUGAGGCCAUGGUGGUCGCCGGCCGGCUGGUUCCUCCGUGCUGAUCUGGUGGCAGCUACCGUACGUUUGGUUUACUGAAUGUGCGCGCGAUCAUGCAUAUUUGCUAGUGUAUUCUAUUUGCGAAACACGUUGUAGUUACCGUACGUUCGUUUUGCUGCAUGUGUGCGCGGUCAUGCAUAUUUGCUCUUAAGUUUUAUUAGUAUGGGCUGUUCGUUAUUUUCUAGUGUAUUCUAUUUUUGAAACACGUUCUAGUUACCGUAAAUAUGUAUUUGCGUUGCUUGGUGGCCAACGAUUUGCCUUGAUUGUACAAAAAAAAAUUAUAUAUGUUUGAGAUGAUCAUCCGAUGAAAUGAAAUUAACGCAUUGUAACCUUU